AGCCGGGUACGGAGGGCGGCCAGGUGACUAAGACCGAACCUGCUGAAGUGACGAAGGAGCCUCGGGCGGGUGUGCCAAAUCCAACGCCCACAUGAUAAUGAUGAAACGGGCAGGUAGCUGCUGGUUCGUCUGUGCCCGGGGAAGGCAGACGUCUCGGAUGGAUGUAUGGUCAUUACGAGGUUCAGAAGCAGAUAAAGUCUGCUGUUGCCACUGCAGGGGUCGCUGAAAUUAUGAGAUAACAGAGUGUGCAGUAAUGAAUACGUUUGACAUGUGAUGGAUGAUAAAGUACAAGACAAAAGCACGGAUCUUUCCAGAUUCCAGCUUUUAGUGGAGCGAAAUCUGUGCAGAUUGUAUUACUUCCAGCUUAAAAAGAAAUCUCUCUUCUCAUGGAUAACUCUUCCAGUUCUAGCAGAAACAGUGGUAGGAAGAGCAGGGUUGGGCAUAUGCCCUCUUCUGUAUUACACUGGAAGAAAUCAGACAAGGAGAAGAUGGUUCUUGCUCCUCCUUCCAGUCAACUGUCCUGGUCUUCAGAAAACUCUGCCAGCAUAGAAACAAAACGUAUACAUACCAUGUCUGCAAAAGAAAUGGGGAAGACUGUCCUUUCUGGAUUUCCUGAGCCAUCAAAAUCUUCUAAGGACACUUUGUUAGGACCUGCUACCUAUUCAGGACAGAAUACCAGCAGGUUACAGUCUAGUAGCAUACAUGUUAGAAGGCCCAUCGCAAGAUUGCAGAAACCUAUGGUUUCAUCAGUAUCUGCCAAGGCUAGUUCAAAGCAGAGUUUGUCAUCAUCAUCAGACAGUGUGGAGUCUUUACGUUUUGAGAACAUUGCUAGGUCUCAAAGUUUUUCACAUUCCAAACAGAAUUUGUUGCUGCCUUUUAAACCUUUGACCAGAUCACAUUCCUUUAACAAGACAGCAGACCUUACAGUUCCUUGUCGAAAUAAGCCAUUUAUUUGUAGAAAGAAAAAUAAUACAGAUCCAUUGCUGAGGAAUUCAGGUUCCACUGACGUAUGUGGUGAUGAACUCAAGUGUAAAAAUCCUGUUAACAGACCAAUUUCAAAUGCCCCAUUGUUAAACACAAGAACAUCAUUUAUACCCAUUAGCAAUUCUACAUGUUCCUCUUUUAUACAUAGGGGACAUAGUCCAUGUUCAAGAGGUGGUGUACGAGUUUUUAAACGAAAACAUGGAAAUGGAAAUAAGAAUUCUGUUAAAGAUUUGUCUUUAGUUAUGAAUGACAGUUGUAAAGAAAAAGGAACAGAGUGGUUUGUACUCGGACCAGGAGUAACAUCCAUAGAAAAAGAACAGCACGACAUAAUUCCUGAUGUAAUAAAUUUAAAUGGCGAGGUAGACGAAAUAUCUAUUUCCUCAUUAUCAUCUUGUGAUAAAAAUGACCAAAGUGAGGAGUGUGAUGUCGCAGACAUGGACGACCAAGAAAGGAGGAGCUCAGCCAGGCAGUCGGAAGUUUACAUUGCGAAAGACAAAAGCAGCCUUAUGAAUACAUCAGCAGUAUUAGAGCUUUCAGUCACUGAUCUGGCUGAAGAGUCUCAUCUUGAUGUGCUGCAAAGAGAACUGGGAGACUUGCAUUUCAGUUCUGGGAGCGAUCUGUGUUCUGCCAAGCUGGAAUUUCCUGCGGCUUGUUCUAUUGAGCUUUCUCCAUCGGAUAGCUCUGAUGGAACCUAUAUGUGGGACGAAGAAGGCAUGGAACAUGUUGUAGACACUCAUCCUUGUUGCAGUUAUGAUUCUUCAGAUAUGAAUAGUCAGGAUAUUCUGAAUAAUCUUGACUCGUUUGAUCUGGAGGAUGAUGACCUAAUGCUUGAUGUGGAUCUUCCUGAAGAUGCUCCAAUUGAGAAAGCAGAGUAUGAAAACAUGGCCAGUCAAGAAGGACAAGGAAAAUGUGCUCAACCACAGCCUCAGCGUCAUGGACUUUGGAGGCGGAGGGCCCAGAACUGGGGUGGGCAAGCUCAGUAUGUGGGUAACAGUGCACAGUACCGCAGCAGUAGCAACCAUGACCUCAGCAGAGCAUUCUCUUACCCUGCCUCAUCCUGUAGUCACUUUGAAGGAUAUAGCACUUAUCGGCCUCCAAGAGUUUCGUUGUCACUCAGUCUGAAGGAGGACACUGUCACUUUGGAUGAGCUGACCCUGUGUCAUAUGAUUCAGGAGUGUACGUCUGUCAAAACCCAAUUACUCAGGCUAAAACGGCUGCUUCAGAAGAAUGAAGAAGAUACAUCAUUACAAGACCUCUCCACAUUAUUCUCACCAACUCUGGAACUGCAGAAGGACGCUGAUCAUUCUCUAAACAUUGGAGAACUUCUGAGUGAGAAUGUACAACUUAAGGAAGACGUGAAAAAUAAGGAUGCCAAAAUUCAGCAUCUCCAGCUGCAGCUGGCUACCAGGUGUAAUUGCCUGAAGGAAAACAACUGCAGAGUCACAACCAAAACUAACACCGACAAGUUCACACAGACACCAUGGAAGGGCAUUGACCCUCCAAUACUACAGCCUUCCAGUCACAUUCUCAGCACCAGAGACGGCAUCCAGGAAAAAUUAGCAAAAACAAUCUACACAGAGGCCCCCAGUAAGAGUAUAUUACAUGUGUUAAAUGACAGAACCAUCCAAAGCAGCCCACAUGCUUUAUGUGUCCCCACACCUGUAUUAACCCCAGUUAUUGCUGGUAGUCACAGACUUCUGUCAAGAGUUCAGGUAAAGCCGAAAGACUUUGCUCCUUCAUCUACUGCAAGCAUCUCAUUCAAUAAAAAAGAUGCACCAAAUUCACCAAAACAACAUGAUCUAGGCAUUAGUUCUGUUUGUGAUCCUCAAAAACCUAUAACUGAAGACAAAAAAACAGAAAGCUCAACAAAACUGCAUUUAAAAAGGCAAGUUUUACAUUCAGGAAAACUACAGUUGGUAAAACCUAAAACAUCCACAACAAGGGCCAUUUCAGCAGAGGUACAGAAAGGACCAUCUUCUCAAAAUGGAAAGCAAUCACAUGUGGCUGCAAAGGAAGUGUGCCAGCAAUCAAACCAAGGCAAGAGAACUGCUAGCCGUAAGAUACCAGUGCUGUCAACUUCAAAGACUAAACACAUAGCCAUGCCUAAAACAUCCAUGCAGUUUCCACUGGAUGUACAGCUGAGUACAAGUGGAAACUCCCAAACACAAGUUUCAGCACCUUGUAGCAUUCAGCAGAUUUCAUUACGGAAAGAAAAUACCAAAAAUCAGGAGCAGGACCUUAACUUUCUCCAUCAAAAAGGUGGUGGUGUUCUGCGACACUCUUAUCUCCCUAAACCAAAAGCUAGUUAAUAAUGGAUGCUACUUCAGGUGGUUUAUAUUUUACAUGUGCCUCACACACUAUACAUAUUUUUUUUACAAGUAUCUUCUUUCCUUGUCACUACACUGUUAUGAUGCUGAUACAUGCUUUUGUGUCAGCUCACCUGCACAUCAUUUGUAGUGAGGAAUGAAGCUUCUAAGGGACAUUCUAUCCCUGCUACACUGUGAAGGUGAUUCUGUCCCUGAUCUACCCACAUAGCUCUGGAGUUUGUCAAGAGUUUACGUGUAAGAAAAAAAAUCAUACUUGGCUGUUCCUUAAUUGACAACACAUUAAAGAAUCUGAAUUUGUGGGCCAUAUCCACAUGACUGACAUCAAAGCAACUGGAGUGCCUUCUGACCCCUCAUCCUUUAAAAAGCAACUUCCUCCAAAUGUAGUUCAUUAGACUUGGCCUGCAGUAACUGCUGUUCAGGUUCAUAACCAGACCUGGCUUGCUGUAACCGAUGGUCAUGCAUGUAGCUUAAUGCACUUCUUACAAUUCUUAUGCCUUAGUCAUGCACAUGUAUAGUAAAUCUUUGAGUACUGUUUUAACUUGUAUGCUGUUUAAAACCACUGGCUGCUAAAUAACUACAUUCAUAACUUGAAGAUUGUAUUGAAAUUUGUUUUACUGAUUGGAGUGCUUCCUACAGCUCAAGGACCUGUGCAAAUCUAAUCACUGUAUUUAUUAGAAAGAAAGAUUCUUAUGUCCAUUUAGAUGUACACUGAAACACAAAAUUCUGAUUAGGGUUUAGUAAAACAGUAUGUUGUAAGUGUUCUUGUUUGAUUGUACUUUGGUUUUGCUUUCACCAUUUUAGCACUGCCCUUCCUUGUUUAUCCUGAUUAACUUGCUGAUGUUCUCACUAAGACAUGCACUUUUUCUGUAUAAUUUUACUGGUCAGUACAUGGUAAAGCAUGCUCACUUGUCAUCUUCUAGUACUGAUUACACAAGAUUCUUAGAAAUGCUUUGCACCUGGUUAAACUAUUUUUGUUGCCAUUUAUAACCACAUGAGAUGCCCUACUGACAUUUAAGCCCUCCUUAAUUUGCACUGUACUGGUUUAACUGACAAAGGAGAACUGUUGUAGCACAUGCCAGUUGUGUGAUGUUUGCACUGCUAUGGAGUCAAUCUGGAAAGAAGUUUCUCAACAUAGUGGAAAACUGCAUCUGUAUAUAGUACAUGCAAACACACAAGCAUGAGUACACAGAUGCACACAAACACACGCACACACACACACACACACACACACACACACACACACUCCUACCUUUUAUUUUAUUUUAGUUUAGUAAAAAUCUAAAUUUUUAUAUCGAACUGACCUUGAAGGAGGGAGGGAGAUGCACCUAUUCCUUGAGUUACUUUGCGUUUUGGAGUUAGCUGUUUAUUUAAAGUAACUUUUGUUUUUAACUUGAUUUACGUAAUGCAGAUUUACAAAGAAUAGAGUGGAUAAUGCUUAAUAGAAUGCCUGUUAUUCCUUGCUGGUGGUGGAGUCGGGCAAACAUAUAAACUUAAACAUGACUGACUUGACUGACCUGCUCUUGUCAGAUGUAUACAGGUAGCUGAUGCCUACUUCAAUAAAGCGUCUAUGCACACUAA